CACAGGCUGUCCCAGUAACAAGAGGAAAAGUACGGAGUGUAGAAACACAUACUAGCUAAUAAUCCCCAACUCUAUAAACCAAGAAAACCCAGAUGUUUGUUUUAUUUCAGUUUUUGAGAUCCCACAAGAAUAUUAAGGAAGCUGUGAUAAGUGAUUUGCUAUGGCGACUGUGAAAAACACCCAUAUCCCAGAAGAUGAAGUGAUGGAUAUUCUCACUAGGCUUCCAGGGAAGUCUCUGAUGAGAUUCAAGUCAGUUUGCAAACCUUGGUGCGGUCUUUUCAGAAACUCAGAUUUCAUUUCCAAGCACCAUCUCAAGCAAACCCAUCUCAGCAACUCCAAUUUCAGUGUCCUUGUGAAGCAUGGUGCUCAAAAAGAGGACUGUUUCUCCUUUCUUUAUUCUUCUUCUGUCCGAGAUGGUGGUGAAGAGGUGCUUACUCUCAAAGAGAGCGUUUAUAUGCCGUUUACCAAGGACUUUCAGCACAACCCAGUUGUGUUGGGUCCUUGUAAUGGGCUACUCUGUGUUUAUGAUCAUUGUGAGAAGAUUGGUUUGUGGAAUCCUGCUAUUAGAGAAUUCAAGCCUCUCCCUUUGUCCCCAAUUGAGCGUCCUUCCGGUACAGAAUUAACAUCGUUUGGUAAUCUUGGAUUCGGGUUUGAUCGGAAAGCUAAUGAUUACAAGAUCCUAAGAUUUGUUACUAAUUAUUUCGAUGAAGGCAUGAGUUCAGUUGAUCAAGUUGAGAUCUACUCCCUAAAAACAGAUUCUUGGAGGGAGAUUUCUUCUGUUGACGUGAUUCCUGGUGGUAUUCCAUGGUUCAAUCAGUACAAUAAUGGGGUUUAUUACUGGUGGGCAGAUGGGGAUGAUGGUGGAUUGAUCUUGUCCUUUGACUUUGCAGAUGAGGUGUUUGAUAAAGUGCCACUGCCGGAUUUUGGGGUUUCUUGGGUUGAUUACCUUCCACAGCUUGCAAUCUACAAUGGAUUGCUUGCUGUUAUUGUAUACACUCGGGAGGGUCCUGAGAGAUUGGUUGAUAAAUGGGUGAUGAUUGAAAGAGGAGUGAAAGAAUCUUGGGUCAAACAAGCGAGUAUUGGACCGGUACCUGGAGUUGAGAGGCCCUUAGGAUUCUUAAAGAAUGGUGGACUGUUUUUGGAAGAUUUGGAGGGACAACUGGUUCUAUAUGAUCCCAGCUCCCAACAGCUGAAAAAUCUACAACCCCGUGGGGGAAAGGAUUCAUUACAAGUAGUUAAUUAUGUGGAGAGUCUUGUUCCAAUCAAUGGUAGACAUGAGGAUGAGGACGAACCUUUUGUUCGUAUCAGAUUCUGAAACUUGCGGACUAACAGGGACUAGAGAACUAUGACUGAUCAGGGGAAGAAUGUGAAAAGACAAGAAAACUAAACCAUAUGUGUGGUUAGAGGAAUACUAUUCUUCAAUGUGGUAUGCCUAUAUCAUGUAUUGUCUCUCACUUUUACUUGUAACUGUUUUGAAUCUUUGAUCUCUUACUUAUGAUUGUCAAAUUUCUUAAUGGGUUAUUAUUCUGCUAUCUACUUUUAAGGAUCUACUAUAAUAACUACCUUUUGUGGCAAAGUUAAUUAUGCAUUUGUGUGCUUUAUGCGGUGUUCGAUUGCUAGCUUGACAGUAUAUGAAUUGCGGAAUUCCAUGA